AUGAUGAUGCUCAAAAUCUGUUGUCGCUGCUACUCACACUGCCAACAACAUCACCCACCCACAUGUCCUCCUCUCCCUCGCCCCUUACUUCCUCCUCAUUCACGCACUCACCCAGACUCAGACAGCGUCUCCAGCCCCACACGCCUCAGCCUCAGCUUGCCGGACGGCCCUGAGGAGCAGCUGGACCGCCUGCAGCAGGUGGAGCUGGCCAGGAGCACACCCAUGUCCCACUGGAGGGCAGGUACCGUGCAGGCCUGGCUGGAGGUUGUCAUGGCCAUGCCCAUGUACAUACGCACCUGCUCAGAGAAUGUCAAGAGUGGAAAGGUUUUAUUGGGGCUAACAGAUGAAGACCUGGAGCUUGGUUUAGGUGUCACCAGUUUGAUGCAUCGUCGUAAACUGCGUCUGGCCAUUGAAGAUUACAGAGAGGCUGAGGAUGGCAGAGGGUUGUCCAAGGCUGCAGACAUGGACCAUCACUGGGUGGCCAAGGCCUGGCUCAGCGACAUGGGCUUGCCUCAGUACUCUCAAGCAUUUCACACUCACUUGGUGGACGGACGCAUGCUCAACUCACUGACCCGCCAUGACCUUGAAUGCCACUUGAACAUCUCCAAAAAGUCCCACCAGCUCAGCUUGCUGCUGGGCAUUGAGCUGCUGCAAUCGCUCAGUUUUGACAAGGACGCACUGCAGGCCCGCCGGAUACAGUGUGAACACCAGAAUGUGGAUCCUUUGGUUUGGACUUCUCAUCGCGUUGUCAAAUGGAUUAAAGAAAUUGACCUCAAGGAGUUUGCAGAAGGUCUGGUUAAUAGCGGUGUUCAUGGAGCCGUCAUGGUACUGGAUCCCACUUUCACCAGCGACACCUUGGCAACAACAAUGGGAAUUCCCAACAGCAAACACAUGGUUCGCAGACACCUUGAAGAAGAGGUGACAAAUCUAAUUGACUCGGCCAGGGUAGAUGCAAAUCAGGACUUUGAGCGUUUAGUUUUGGGAACGCCACCGACUCCUCUUCGCCAAAACUCCCCGAGCAGGUCACCUGGGUCUGCCAGUCGACACACUGAUGAUGAAGGCUCACUGAGGAGGAGGGCUGUCAAGCCUCCAACAGGGUUCAGCCCAAGAGCGCGCAAUGGGCGAGACUUGAGUUGCCACAGCAGCUAUGGCUCCCUACCUCGUGAUGCCAGAGAGCAAACACCACCAAGAACACAAGGGAGCCCUAUCAGGUCUUAUGCCAACAUCGGGGUCACCAAUGUCUGAUGCCAUGAUAAGUCCUUGUGCACCUAAACAUGAUGUGAAUACAUUUCUAAAGAAAAAACAAGAAAAAAAAGCCUUUUAAGGACAGAUUGCACUUACUUUUGUUUUGUUUGUUCAGGUGUUUCUGUUUAUCAGACUCAUUAUGUGAACUUUUAGGGGUUGUUUUCCCCAAAUAACAAAGAAAAAAAAGAAUUUAAUCUUAUUAAUUAUUUUUGUAUUUAUUGUGACCUACGACUAAUGAGAUUUGUAUGAUAGAUUUGUAUCAAACAGGACAAAGCACAUGUUAUACUAGUGUCAAAUGUUCUUUUCUUUACGGCGCUGCUGUUUGUGAUGCCUUGUCAAUGUAAAAACACUUUACAAAAAAUUUGUUGAGUAUGUUGUACGUUUGAUUGUGAAUUUUACAAACAGUUGUGUUUUACAUGGAAAAUAUUUCAACAAUUAUGUAAUCUAAAAAUGUACACUCCACUGCAGUGUAUCUGCGCUGGGAAUGAGACGCAUGAAAAAGUGAAAAAUUAAAAAUGAGAUGUUAUAUACACAAGUGUCCUGUUCCAUCUAGCCGGAAACGGAGGAGAGACUCAGGUGGUAAACAUGACACUAAACAAGAAUGAUGCAGCCUCCUACGUGAAUAUCUCGCAGGGACAUUAUCAUAAAAGUGACAGCAACAGGAUAUGAAAGGCAAAACUGACAUGUACAUGUUUGUAUUAUCCUGUCUCUUCUUUUACAUGUGAUAGGACGGCAUUCAAUUCAAAGCAUGAAAAGGAGAAGUGUGAUGAUA